UGUGAUUUGUAGAUCAGUGCUGUUUCACACGCUGACGCCGCAGCGCGCACUCGUCUCGCGGUGAAAGCGAAGGUCACCUCACCACCUUGUCAGCGGGAAUACAGCGUUGUUCUGUAACUAUUUAAUAACGCAAUGGACAGUUUUGACAACUUCAGUGCGUCGGAGAAAGCAGAGGCGACGGAGCUUCAGCGUAUGAUCGCUAUAGAGCAACAGAAAGCGCAGUUCCAGGCCCAGGUGCACACUUUCACUGACGUCUGCUGGGACAAGUGUGUGGACAGUCCGGGCUCGAAGCUGGACUACCGGACAGAGACUUGCCUGCAGAGCUGUGUCGAGCGCUUCAUCGACACCACCCUGACCAUCACCAACCGCUUCACGCAGAUGGUGCAGAAGGGCGCACAUUAAUAAUGGACUAUAGAUGCCAACGGGACUGUGUAAUGACAUUAAUAAAAUGUUUUGUGUUCCUAACAUGUUGGUGGAAGAUAAUGUGAAGAGGACAUGUUGUUUUUUUUUUUUUAUAACUUACGUUUAUGCUUUUGACUGGGGGUGCGUGACGAGUUCAACAUGAGUUAAAAACAGCGAGACGUACCUGUUUGAACUGAGAAGUCGUGCAAUGUGACAUCAGUAAAGUGACACCGUACGCUCACGUUCACCAUCCUGCCUGUGGUUCUUCAUGCACUAAACAAAAUGGGGAAAGAAUCCAGCUACGGCGGCUGCAGUUCUCUCUGAACAGAGCGCUCACUCGCGGUCAUUAAAGGUUAUAAAGGUGAAGUGAUAAGACUUCAGGAAAAGACAACCACAACAACGUUCACAGCAACACUGGUUAAUAAAGAUUGUUUUCAUAUAGAUAUUUAUUCACAAAAACUUAAAUGAUAAAUAUGUACUGAAAGCAAACAUCAGAGCAUUGCUAAAUAUUAAGACUUACUUCCUCUGUACAAGUAUUGAAAUAAAUGUAUCCUAAUAAAAUACAAAAUGUAAAAGAUGUACAUUAAUACAGUAAAACAAAGAAUGCUUAAUAAUAACACCCCCCCACUAGAGGUCAGUAUUAUGAAAGUCAUCUUUUCAUCUUAGUCUUAUAAGAGAGCGCAGUCUAGAAUCUCUUGUUAGUGCAAAGUACUUGGGCAUUAGCUUAGGGACCGUAUAACAUGUAUUGGGGGGAUGGCAGGGAGAGGCUUUUUAAUUUAAAAAAAUAUUUUGGCCUUGUGAGACUUAUUGCAAAGAAAUUAUGGUUUUGUCAAAGAUAUAUGGCUUAUAAACAGUCUUCGUCCCUGUAGGUAUGCAGGCUUUAUUCUCCUCGUCACAAUCAACUAGUAGCUAACAGGAUCAUUCUGUGCAUUUGAAGAAACACGGCAUACAUGUGGAUCUUUGUAGUUCUAGUGAUUUGAUUCUAUCUCUAAAGUGAGUAUUAUUUUUUCACUCCCCCAUCCAAAAGUGUGCUUUAUUCUGCAUCAUAAGGGAAAGCAGAAUGUGUGACAUAAUGUUAGCCUGUAAAGGUGAAAUAAAACACCAGUCAUAUCAUUCACAAUACUAUACACACAUAUAA